ACAACUUGCAACACACACAUGACACAAAGCACACAAAAACCUGUUCAUACAUAUACACACACACCCGUUUCUUGGUUUCUCUCUCUAGCAGCUACCCCUUAGUCUCCACCUCUCUCUCUCUCCCUUCUUGCUCUUCUUCCAUAGCUAGCUAGCUAGAGAGAGAGAGAGAGGAGAGGAGUGAUCAAGAAGGAGAAGAAGUCGAUGAGCUUCUUGAGCAUGGUGGAGGCGGAGCUGCCGCCGGGGUUCCGGUUCCACCCGAGGGACGACGAGCUCAUCUGCGACUACCUGGCGCCCAAGGUCGCCGGCAAGGUCGGCUUCUCCGGCCGCCGCCCGCCCAUGGUCGACGUCGACCUCAACAAGGUCGAGCCUUGGGACCUCCCCGCGGUGGCGUCGAUAGGAGGGAAGGAGUGGUACUUCUUCAGCCUGAGAGACCGAAAAUACGCGACAGGGCAGCGUACGAACCGCGCCACGGUAUCGGGGUACUGGAAGGCCACGGGGAAGGACAGGGUGGUGGCGCGGAGAGGGGCGCUUGUGGGGAUGAGGAAGACUCUGGUGUUCUACCAGGGGAGGGCACCAAAGGGGAGGAAGACGGAGUGGGUGAUGCAUGAGUACCGGAUGGAGGGUGUCCAUGAUCAACAACCUUCCAAUUUCUCCUCUAAAGAGGAUUGGGUCCUGUGCAGAGUCAUCUGCAAGAGGAAAUCAGGAGGGGGUGCCUCCUCCAAGUCAAGAAACCUCCCCAACAUUGUCCAUGACUCAUCCACACCCACCUCUUCACCACCAUUGCCACCCCUCAUGGACACCACCCUGGCUCAGCUUCAGGCCUCCAUGAACACCACCAACACCUCCUCCGCCACCGCCGUCGCCGUUGCCGCCGCACUUGAGCAAGUGCCCUGCUUCUCCAGCUUCAGCAACAACAACAUUGCCAGUAACAGCAAUGGCAACAACAACAGCAACAGUGCCACUGUUGCACAGCCAUGCUACCUGCCCAUUGUCACAGGCAACAAUGGCAUGAGCUACCUGGAUCAUGGCCUGCCUGAAUUUGGCAGCUUCUUGGACACCCAGAGCUGUGACAAGAAGAUUCUCAAGGCAGUGCUGAGCCAGCUGAACUCCAUUGGGGGUGAGGUGUUGCCAAGCCUGCCUCCUCCAGCUGAGAUGGCUGCUGCUGUGACCUCUUCUUGGAUGAAUCACUUCUAGGGGAAAUUUAUUCAAACAGUAUAACUGUAUAAGCAGCUAGCUAGCUAGCUAGUAGUUGAUCUUGAGUGUGUAUGAUGAAUUGAUGAUUUCAUAUGGUAUAAUACUUAAUUGUGUGAUGCUACAAUAUUUGUGUGAGUAUCAAUAGAGCAUGCCACAGUUUUUCUGUGAGGCAUUAGGAUAUUCAGGACUAAUACUCUGUAAUGAUUGCUAAAGUGUGUAUAUUCAGAAGUAGAGGUCUGAAUUGUCGAAAGCAUUUCAGAUUGAUCAUUUUUCUA